AUGGAUUCUCUUCCGUCCCUAUCGGGAAGACAACUCCACCAUUCCAAUUCCUCCAAUUCGUCCAAUACCAACUCCCCUCUUAAAAAUCCCUCUCCGAUACCACUAACAUCCAAAACCUCUCUUCCAUCCUCAACAACCCUCACUCCUACAAAUCCUCCGAUCCCUCUGCCUGGCUCGGCUGGUGACAUCAAAAACCACUCCAAAAAUAACGAACAAGAGCAGGAAUCCAAAUUGGAUUUGACUACUGUAGAAUCCAAUUUGGAUUUGGCUGCUGUAGGGCAAGGCGAGGCGCUUGUUGCGUGUUUAAGGGAAGUUCCGUCUCUGUAUUUUAAGGAGGAUUUUGCAUUGGAAGAUGGGUCCACGUUUCAGGUGGCUUGUCCGUUUACUCAUGCGGCGGCGAAUUUGAUGUUGCAGGAGAAGUUGAGUCAGUAUUUGGAUGUGGUGGAGUUGCAUUUGGUGAAGGAGAUUUCGUUGAGGUCGAAUUCGUUUUUUGAGGCGCAAGGGCAGUUGGAGGAUUUGAAUGGGAAGAUUGUGGAAGGUUGUGAAAGGAUUAGGGAGUUGAAGGAGGCUAUUAGGGUUUUGGAUAAGGAUUUGGUUGAGUCGGCGAGGGAGAUUCAUGAGUUGAAUGUUAGUAGAGGGAAUUUGGUUGCUUUGCAAAAUAAGUUGAGGCUUAUUUUGUAUGUUAAUCAGGCUCUUUCCACUCUUAAAUUGGCUCUUUCUGCACUUAAAUUGGCAAUUAGCAUUGCCAUUUUGUUUGUUUUGGCUUGUUUCUUGGGCAUAAGUUUAAUUCUUGUUGCAUCCGCCGAUUGUGCGGGAGCAUUGGAUGUUACUGAUGAUUUGCAGCAGCUGCUGAAUGGAGAUGAGCUGACUGGUCUACAUUGUUUUCGUCACCUACGGGAUCAUGUGGCAGAUGCAAUAGAUUCCAUAAACAGUUGCAAUAUUGAUCAUGGGAAAUUUUUUCCAUAUGAGAUUUCGUCGUGGGGAUUGUUGGGAGUCGAGGCAGAAGGGGUGGUUCUUAAGUCAACUGAAAGGAUGGGUAGUGCUAAGGGGAAGGAGUUGAAUUUAUGGCAAUUGCUGUUGGAUAAGCUUGGUGUUCUAGUUUUAUUGGACUUUUACUUAUGGGGCUUUAUGGGUUGCUUUAACUUACAUUUAAUGAGAUUGGUUGAUCUCCUAGUGCUUUGUGGAUGCCUUAUUCUUUUAUUUGUGUUUGCAAUUUCGCUGGUUAUCAGUUCAAGUAGCAUUCUUUCUUCAGAAUUUAUGCGAGCUUCAAUACAUGGUGCUGGGGAUAAAGAUUUGCUUCUUUUAUCCAAAGCAAAAGCCAGGGAUUCCAUAUAUAUGAAUGGAAAAGAUGAAGAAGUUAAGUUGGAUGACGAAGAGACCUCUAAUUUUCGAGAUCGUCUUCUCCCUCUCAUUGUUGGGUUGCUUAGAACUGCCAAGCUCCCCUCUGUGCUGAGAAUAUACCGAGAUACCCUUACAGCCAGUAUGAAAACCACCAUUAAGAAUGCUGUUGCAGAGCUGCUUCCUGUCUUUUUGGCCCAAUCUCUGGAGUCAGAUCUCACAUCUGCUGAGCGGACAGCUGAUACAGAUGGUGGAGGUUUAUCACUUGCAAGCAAGUUAAGGAGCUUGUCAUCUGAAAAUUUUGUGCUACUUUUAAGUGCUGUUUUCAACAUAGUACAGGCACACUUAGUGCGGGCUGCUGAAGUGAAAAAGGCAAUUGAGUGGAUUAUGUGCAGUGUUGAUGGACACUAUGCUGCUGAUUCAGUUGCUGCUGCAAUUGCAGUUGGUGCAGCAGCAGCUGAUACAGCUCAUGAGAGUGAUGGUCAAGGCGGUUCACUUCUCCCCUUUUCUCCACAGAGAAAUGCUUCCAACCUUGCUUCAUCUCAGCUGAAAGCAAAUGAUGCAGCAAGCCCCUCAAAUAUUUCAAGAAAUUUUAAGUAA